ACACACACACCUUUGGAGAGACAUCGCCUGACCGAAAAAGCCGGAUAUUAUAAUAAUAAUAAUAAUAAUAAUAAUAAUCCUAACCCAUCGCCACUGCAACAAUGCCCCGAGAACUGACACAGAACCCGAUGCAGAAAAUCUGGAUCCCUCACAAGGACGAGAGGCCGUCACUGCUGAGCAGAUCAUGCGUUCCCCACCUCACCAACUCGCCCACGGUGAUCGUAAUGGUGGGGUUACCCGCCAGGGGCAAGACUUACAUCGCCAAGAAAUUGACCCGCUAUCUCAACUGGAUUGGAGUUCCCACCAAAGUCUUCAACGUGGGUGAGUACCGGCGCGAGGCAGUCAGGUGGUACCGGUCGUAUGAUUUCUUUCGCCACGACAACGAGGACGCCAUGAAGAUUCGCAAGCAGUGUGCUGUAGCAGCCUUGAGAGAUGCAAAAUCCUAUCUAACCGAGGAAGGUGGCCAGAUUGCGGUUUUCGACGCCACAAACACAACUCGGGAGCGACGAGAGAUGGUCCUAAACUUUUCCAAAGAGCACGGCUGGAAGGUAUUUUUUGUGGAGUCAGUAUGCGAUGAUCCAAGUGUGGUGGCUGCGAAUAUAAUGGACGUGAAGCUGUCCAGUCCAGAUUACUCGGACUGCAACCAGACUGAUGCCAUGGAAGACUUUCUGAAGAGGAUCGAGUGUUACAAAGCCACGUACCAACCCUUGGACCCGGACAACUAUGACAAAGACCUUUCGUUCAUCAAGGUAAUUAACGUGGGGCGGAGGUUCCUGGUGAACCGGGUCCAGGAUCACAUCCAGAGCAGAAUUGUUUACUACCUGAUGAACAUCCAUGUCCACGCUCGCACCAUCUACCUGUGUCGCCACGGAGAGAGCGACUACAACCUCAAAGGGCGGAUCGGUGGGGAUUCUGGGCUUUCUCCCAGAGGGAAGAAGUUUGCCACAGCAUUGGGCACCUUUCUGGAGGAACAGAACCUCAAAGACUUGAAGGUUUGGACCAGUCAAUUGAAACGAACCAUCCAGACAGCAGAGGUGCUGGGCGGGACCUACGAACAGUGGAAGUCACUUAACGAAAUCGAUGCCGGCGUGUGUGAGGACAUGACGUACGAAGAAAUUAACCAAAAAUAUCCCGAAGAAUAUGCAUUGCGCGACCAAGACAAAUACUAUUACCGCUAUCCCACGGGAGAGUCCUAUCAAGACCUAGUGCAGCGUUUGGAACCUGUGAUCAUGGAGUUGGAGAGACAGGGCAAUGUGCUUGUCGUUUGUCACCAGGCAGUCAUGCGGUGUCUCUUAGCGUAUUUCCUCGACAAGAGCGCAGAUGAGCUGCCUUACCUGAAGUGUCCCCUCCAUACUGUACUAAAGCUGACUCCUUUUGCUUACGGGUGCAAGGUGGAAUCCAUCUUUUUGAAUGUGGAGGCAGUAAACACCCACCGGGACAGACCAGAGGACCUUGUUAAGAAGGCACUAAAUCCACUCAUGAGGCGCAAUAGCUUCACCCCUCUGGCGAGCCCGGAACCCAACAAAAAGCCGAGGAUCGAAGACCUAGAGGACCAUUUGGCCUCAACGUCCUCAGCUUUGCCGGGGUGCUUGGUCUCAGAGGUGUCCACACCUAUUCCUGGACAAAUCCUGAGCGAAGUCCCUAGAAAGACCGAAGCUGUGAUGAUGAUUUCAAUGCAGAAAUGAAAAGCUUUGUUUCGUUCCCACCCCCUACCCCGAGUCCCGCUUGUAAUUUUCCC